AUGCAGAACCCGUCACGAGCAGAAAGUCUUAGUAACACGGACACAUCUUGCCGGGUGUCUCUAGAAGACCUAGCAGUCGAAGCUGGUGCUACGUCUCUCGAUGGAAGUGACUGUAACUUGAAUGAAAGGACAACUAACGAAGAAAUGGUUAAUCUUGAAGUAAUGCAGCAAAGCCUCCCGGUAGCAAAUAGCAAAGGGAGAAGUUGUGAGGGGCUUUCUGAGAGCAGCUUUAGUACCUCAGAACCCAGCAGUUCCUGGGGUGAUUUCGAAGGCUUCCAGGAGUCCUUAGACAAACCGGAGAGAUGCGCUCAUGAUCUCGAAGUCUUGGUGGAGUCAACAAAAACCUGUAGAGGUGAUACGGACUUCGGCAGCCAGCAUUGCCGUGCUUCUGACGGUCACUUUCGUUCCCAGCCAUCUCUGCACAGUGGGAUACAGCAGGCUCGUAGCUCUCUGAACGAGGCAAACCACAGCUAUGAGGAGAUAUUUAAGUUGUGCUUUCCAGAAGUCUUUUUACCAGAGUCCAAAGAGAAUGUAAGAAGCUUAGAUCAAGUACUUGAUACAAAUAGUGAAGAUGUUGGGAUUCCUGAGCAUAUGAAGAAUCACCUUUGCAUUGGUUCUGGAAACAUAUGGAGAACACUUAGAGACUUUGAUAAUACCCCCAGCUUAAGGUAUCCCCGGGGUAAAUCUCAUUGCCAAGAAAACCUCUUGAGUGUGCUUGGAAUAGAUGCAAAUCAAAAGUGCUUUUUGGAGACCCAGAACAAUAUUUUGGGGGAAUCAGAUGUUAAAGAUGAGGACUUCAGAUUCGACAGAUUUGGUAUUAAUGACUGCAAAGCACUGAUCCAGACCAAGCUUCCUGUAUCACCCGAUUCCAGACAUGGUCAUCCUUUCCCCUCUAACCUCUUCUUGAAAAUCGCAUCUCCUGGAAACGUGCAAUAUAUAACAACCCCAAGGAAGAAGCACAUUUUUGCUACACACAACCUGAAAAUGAAAUCUGUCAGUAGUGAUGUUUGUUGA